AUGUCAAUCGAAGCAAUAAAUCGCAUCGAACCAAAUAGAUCUACAGCACUUCAUGUAGCUGCCUAUCGUGGAUAUGAGGAGAUUGUUGAUUUAUUACUACAAAAUGGUGCUUCUAAUACAAUAAUAAAUAAAUACAAUUUGACUCCGUUGGAUGAAGCUAAAACUGACAGAAUCAAACAAUUAAUCCGUCGUCGCCCAAAUAAAACUCGUUUUGUCAGUGAGUCUGUUGAAUGGAUUCGUUCAACAAACGAUGCUGAUUUUCAAGCACAUGAGUAUCUGGAAAAAUUAGAAACAUAUGGUAAAGAUCCAAAGUUUUAUCAAUUGAUUGAGUAUAUAAAACAGAAUUAUCUUGAAAAAGAUUUGCAAGAUAUAGAUGAUAUCGAUAUAAUUAAAAAAUUUUUUGAUAUGGCAAUCAAAAAGAAAGAUCCCGUUUAUUUAUUAAAAGCAUAUACAGCUGAAACUGGUUUUUAUUCAGCAGUAAAUAUUGAUCUGGCACGAAUAGAACCUGAAAAUUUGAUAGCAACUGAAAAUCUUAGCCGAGCAUAUUAUAUUGGAAUCAUUGCCCGUCAUCCCAAAUUGGAACCAUUAUCAUUCACAGGAGUAACAUAUCGCGGCAUGAUGAUUAGUAAUGAAGAUAUCAAACAAUACAAAAAAGGUACACGUAUUUUAACUAAAACAUUUUCGUCAUCUUCAAAAGAGAUAGAAAAUUUUGUAACUCCAGCAGCGGCUUUUGCUGGCAUGUUGUCACCACCGCCAAUGAAUGAAGAAUUAGAACCAAUUGAUUAUUUUUAUUCUAUGUUUGACAGAAAAUCAAUAACACUAUUAACCGAUCAAUCAAAUCUAUAUUCAGUUCAAACCAAUCCCAACAAGCCGGCACGUAUUUCUGAAGUUGAAAUGGUACAUUUCAUUGGUGUAUUAAUAAUGACUGGAAUAUAUUGCUUUCCAGAACAACGUUUCUUUUGGAUGAACACAAGUCGUGUGGAAUCCAUAUCUUCAGUCAUGAGUCGAGAUCGUUUUUUAGAAAUCAAAAAAUAUCUACAUGUUGUUGAUAAUUCAAAGCAGCUAAAUCGUACCGAUCCAAAUUUUGAUCGAGCACAUAAAGUGCGUCCAUUAUUAAAUAUUGUAAAAGAAAAUUUCAGAGAAAUUGAAAAAGAGGAAAAAUUAAGUGUGGAUGAACAAAUAAUACCUUUUAAAGGAAAAAGUAUAAUGAAGCAACACAUGCCAAGUAAACCGAAUCGUUGGGGGUAUAAAAUGUUUCUUCUAGCUGGUGGUGAAAGUGGAAUAUGCUAUGACUUUAUUUUUUAUACAGGUAAAUCUGACAAACCGGAGUACGGUUUUUGUACUAACAUUGUUCUUGAUUUACGUGAAACUGUGCCACAAGCCAUCAACCAUAAAGUUUAUUGCGAUAAUUAUUUCACAACAAUUCGAUUGCACGUGGAGCUGAAAAAAGUAGGUACUUAUGUAGUUGGGACGGUAAGACCCAACCGCUUAACUGAUUUAAUUAUGAAAAAUGGCAAAGAAUUGUCAAGUAAAGGUCGAGGAGCAAUGGACCAUCGUGUCGCUGAAGUUGAUGGCGUGGCACUAUGUGUCACAAGAUGCCAGUCAAUUCAGUUGAAAGAUGGUCUUCCAAACAAAAAAAAACAUAUACAAAUUGUAAGGCCGCAUGUUGUAAAAGCUUAUAAUCAACAUAUGGGUGGAGUGGAUUUGAUGGAUAUGUUGAUUUCUUUGCAUCGUAUUGAUUGUCGUUCAAAAAAAUAUUACACAAAGAUUAUAUUUCAUCUUAUUGAUCUAUGUAUUGUGAAUGGCUGGCUUUUGUAUCGCUGCCAUUGUUUUCAACUCAAUAUUCAAAAAAAAAAUAUAAUGUCGUUAUUAGCAUUUCGUAUUAAAAUUGCUGAUGCUUUACUCAAGUCUGUUCCAGCUACACCACCAGUUAAGCGUGGUCGUCCAUCAUUAGAUUCAAUAUCAAAUGAAAAUAAUCCAAUGAUAACAACAAGAGUUGUACCAAGCUCAGUUCCAACAACAAGUGUUCGACUCGACAAGUUUGAUCAUUGGUCUGUUCAUAAGUCAAAAGGCCGGUGUCGAAAUCCGGGUUGUAGUGGUUAUACAAGAAUAAGUUGUUCGAAAUGUCUACAACGCCUGUGCCUUACCGACAACAGCAAUUGUUUCAUAGACUAUCAUCAUUCAUAA